UUGGCGCCCAUUUCAUUUAAAAAUUAAUGCAGGUAACCUAAAAUGUGACAAUUCUGCUUUAAAGAAAUGUCAAACAUGAAUGGAAUAUCGGCGAUGCACGUUAAAAAACUGAGUCACAGUCUCGAGGAAAUUCGAUCGAGAGCUUUGGAUAAUAUUAUUUCAAAAUACGAUCUUGGAUUCGGAUGUGAUUGCGAUGCCGUAAAAAAGGAAUUAAUAACGAAAUUAUUUAAUUGGUUCUCAUUCGAGACCUUCUCACGAACGCAAACGGUUCUGGACUUACUACUACGUCUUUUAAAGUCAGGCGACAAAAGUUACUUGAAUGUAUUUGGUAAAUUGAGACUUCAAAAUGAAUUAUAUGAAUUAAGGAGAAAGUUAGGUUCAGAAUGGUAUGAAAAAUUGAACGAAAUUGAAGAAUUUAUUGCCAGCACAAAUAAUUUACAAACGAAUGAAAUAUUUGUUGAAGAUACAAUGGACUCUGCCUCUCCAAAAAUGGGUUUUAUUGACUAUGAUAGACACAGAACACGUAUAAAAGAUUACGACUGCAAUCGAUACAAAACCUAUGGAACAGAGGGACAUGAUUUAUCAUACAAUCGUUCUGUUCCUUCCGUUCUGGAUGGCUCCAUACCAUUCGACUUAACAUUGGAAUGUGGGGAUGGAACACCAAUAUCGAAGACCACAGAGGGUGGUGUUAAGUGGCUAGUUAUGCCAUGGCAACCUUUGGUCACUUCAGACAGGGGUGUCCUAGCAGCUGUUGAAGAAGCUUUAAACAAUACCUUAGACACUAAUCUGAUACUACACACAUGUCAAUUUAUUACAAAUGUAAUGAUGCAAGACUUUCCCGCUGAAGUGUUCCUUCAAAGACCAGCAAUAGUCUCGAUACUCCACAAUCUUUUGGAGUCGAAUGCAAAUUCCUCAAGCACGAAUUUAAGGGAUGUUGUACCAAUGGUAUUAAAAACAUUGAACAAAUUAACACGAUCUCUAAGACUUAGAAUUUAUUAUUAUUGUGAUCCAUGUAUUGCAAAUAAAAAGCAGAAGCUAUUAGCAGGUAAAUUAAGCAGCAAUGCUUAUUCUUCUUCCGAGACUAGGGACAGCCCAGAUGGAGGAUUUCUGGAAGCUAAUUAUCAAGCAUAUCAAUCUGCAGGUACAAGUGAAAGAAGUCAGAACUCAACAAACAACGUUGAUGACUCCAUUUUGCAAUUGCAGCAAAUGCUCAUACCAAAUUUCUGCAUUGAGUCCUUGAAACACGUUAUAUCUCAAUUAAGCAUUCCGAGCAACUCAACAUUUCCAUUAAGAAACGCCAAGUAUAUUACAGAUUUGGCUUAUGAAUUAGUACAACUUCUUAUCACAAGCAUCAUGCCGAAUAUUUGGCUCUGCAAUGACGAUGUAGCUAUGAAAAUUACUGAAGACUUGAAAAUACUGUUUAAUAUGUUAGGGGAUGUUGUACAGUAUUUUGGAAGCUACAAUGCGAUAGAUCAUUUUAGAAUAACGUACUUACAUCUUGUGACUAUUACGAUGAAACUUAUAAGUAAUAUCGUUCCGUUAGAAAUAGCAGACGUUGUUUUUCCUCAAUCACUGAAAACGUCGAUUUGUACAGCUAUAUUAGAUGCUCCAAUAUAUUUUUUGUAUUUAAGACUGCACACUGUGUUACAAGAAUAUGGGCGACAAUUUCAAGGGAGUGACGAAAUUGCAUACAUUAAAAUGUUCGACGAAACACGAUUGAUAGCGAAGUCAAUGAAAGCAGCCAUAUCCUUGAUAAAAAAUUCAUCAGAUUUGUCUCAUUCAGACACUUUGAAAACGUUGUAUGCUUCGAAAUUAAGUUUGUCUUAUCACAAAAAUUUCUAUAUUAUUAAAACCACUGUUAAAUUCUUGCAGAACAUACAUAGGUAUUCUCUCAACAACGAAGAUCACACGUUGGCCACAAAAUUAAUAUUGAGUUUACUGGCAAAUGCAGAUACCGAUAUACAAUAUACAACUUAUUUGGAGUGUCACACACUGGUCUGCAAUACUUUGGGUGUGAACUAUAACAGCGAAAGAUCGUCCUGGGAAAAUUUAAUAUUUUUAUUUGAACCAUCAGUUCUAACAGAGAUUAUUGCUCAUGGUGUAACAAACGACGAUAAAAAAAUCAAAGAAAUAUCAGAAGAGAUAUUGGUAUAUAUUCUAAAAGGAAGAGUUCAGAUGGGAGAGAGUGGGUGGUUAAGAUUGUUAGAAACCAUUGUGCCAGUAUUGCCUCUUUUACAAUGUCAUGCUCAUCCUUCUACAGCAUUAGGACAAUGUGUGACGAAACUCUUUGAUCCUGAUGUGUCCUCCAGUAUACAGUUACCAUACAUUGAGGUCUUUAAGGGUAAUUUAAGAUAUCUUUUCUCAUCGGAAAGCGAUAUCAGGGAAGAGGCAGUUUGCAGAUUGAUUUGGCUUCUUGGAAAAGAAAAAGAUUCUGUCCAAAAAUUGCCACGUCUCUCGUCCUUGCACGGUUUACCUCUUAAUUCACUUUGUAUACUUGAACAUCAAUCAUGUCUUAGAAAAUCAACAGGCAAUUAUCAGAGAAGUAAUUUAUUGUCCGUCCUUGAAAUGUUAAAUACACCUAAUCUUGAUCCGAAAAUGCGAAAGUCUGCUUUGGUCCAAAUUAGUGUUAUGCUGUCGGAUGUCUCUUUGCAUAAAUUAUUUAUUACUGAAAAUGGACUGGUAUUGAUCUUGAAGAUAUUUAAUAGUGCACUGGUAGAAAAGGAUUACAUUCAUUAUCCAGAUUCCGUAGCUCCAAUAAUCACCAUCUUGGAUUUAUUGGUAUCCACUGAAAAUACUGUACGCUAUGAUCUGUCUAUCCAAAUAAAUGUUCUUUCAAAUAUAAUCAGGAGUAUUUUUCUAUUUCCAAGUAAUGAAUGCAUUAGAACCGAUGGUUCGAAACUUUUAUGUUUAUUACUUUACAACGAACACAUCAUGAGGCUGAGUGAAAAACAUACGGAAAAUUAUAGUCAAUUAAACAUGUCGUUGCCGCAUCUUAUCACAUCCAAAAUGAAAUUACCGUUUCUUUGUAAAUCACAUUGGAAAAUAAGUAUGCACAGGCGAUCGGAUAUAUCUGUCCUUCAUAGUACUAAUCCAUUGGCAUCAACUUUUAUUAAACAGUAUUGGAUAUGGGAAUGGAAUGACGGUUUAAACGUGCUUUGGAAAAGUUGGAGUGACCUAAAUAACUCUAACUUGUCGGAAAAGUUAAAAAUUCAAGAAAACGAGUUCAUGACGUUGCGUUUCAGUUUUCCCCAUUACUAUUGCCAGCAGCAAUUGUACAACAUACAGAACUCUACCACGCACACUGCAGUUGCAUGCGCGCUUGACUAUCUCACAAUAUACAUAAAAUUUUACAAAUUGCAACAGUAUGAGGAAAUCAAGGACAUAAGUUUAUUACCUUGGGAACGAACAUUUGAACGAUUUUUGCUCUCUCAUCCGGCAAGCAAAGAGGACCGUGGACUGUUCGUUGAAGUUUUGAACUUUUUACAGCUCCAUGCGAACAUUACAAAAAACGGGAAAAACAGAUGGGCCAAUAAGAUUAUAAAACACAUCACAAAAUCGUUAGCAGAAUUGUUUAAAGAUUCAGAGCUGGACAAUCAAGACGUUCAUCAAUCGAUAUUGAAGUUAGCACGCACGUGCUCAGCCAUAGAGAAGCCUGAAAAAUCCACUGAAGAAGAUGAAGAUGUUUGGCUUCACUUUAUCGAACUCGUAGUCUCUAUUUUAUGUUUUGGAGACCAACAGCAUUUUUAUAAUUUAGCAUACCUUGAUUGGCUGUUAACAUGUUUAACAUAUUUAAUUGGAAAAUGCCACUGGGCAAAUUACAAAAAUUUAUUAAUAUCACUAGGAAAUACUUUGAUUGAAUUGAUUAUAUCAUUCCACGGUGCUGGAACAGUUAGCUUCAUGGGCUUAUCCAUAACUAGAAAUUCCAUAAUUUGCCUGAAUCAGUUGCUAUACCAAAUGCAGCUCAAUUUCAGCAAAACUGCUUUCGCAGCAUUUUGGUACGACGAAGGUCGCUCAUUAAGCUGGCUGCCCAUGCUAUGGCAAAAUCGAGAUUCUUUGGUCCAGGCAUCCGCUUUGCAAUUACUUGCCGGUUUGAUAAAUAACGUGCAUACUGCUUCUCAACUUUUAUCUACCAUAGCAUUAGCACCGAGUGAGUUGUGCCAGACACUACUUCAAUAUAUUCUCAGUAACGAUGAGUCGUGUAUAGUUAGAGAACAAGCAUGCCUUGCAUUCAGUAAUUUAGUGAAAAAUUGCAAUUCUUUACCAUUUCAGUAUGUGGACUCUUUGAAAGCGAAUGCACUUUUGAUAUACGUUGAACAACACAACACUUACUAUGAAAUGAGUGUUUUGUGCUCGAACGUUUACAUGUACACUACUCUCGAUUGCGAUUUAAUGGACCAACAUGAUCGAGACAAUGCAGCUACACCAUCUGUUCACAGUGUACAGUCCGGUUGCACUUCAUUGGUGCCACGUACAAUUUCUUAUCUGUAUAAUUGCCAAGAUGAGAUGCAACCUUUUUCAGUUAGAGGAUCAGAAAUCACAGACAACUGCCUCCAGCUAGUAGUCACACCGUCUUUAAUAACUGCAAUUUGCAGAUUGUUAAACAAUUUGAUAUUUGUAGGAAAACAAGAGAUCAUUCACCAAAUUUAUGAGCACUCUAUAGACAAAUAUUUGUUAAGUUGUAUAGGUGAAAUUCACAAAGAUAUCGACAGCAAAAGGAAUUUGUCACACUAUUGUGAUGUUUUGGAAAUGUACAUCAGCAUUUGCACAGUUCUAACGAAUUGCGUCACCUAUAGCAACGAAUAUAUUACCCUCAUUAAUUUUUCUCCGGACUCUAUUCAUGCAUUAAUUUGUUUCCUGAAUAAUGAUUUAUAUUGUACUGAUUCGUCAAACUUGGUGUCGUUGAAAAACCGCUUAUGGACGGAGAUCUUCAAUUUCAUAGCCGUGCUUUCACUGACUGAAAAUCAGCAUUUCGAAGCAAUACAAGCAGCCCUAGAAUUAUCCGAUCCGACUGCAGUGCUCUUAUCAACUUGCACUGCAAUAAAAGACCUUAAUGUGGAACUUCGCAUGAGUGCAAUCGGUUGUCUAGCGUUUCUCCUUUCAUUGGAGAUUCAAAAAGACUAUUUAGGGAAAAGCAGCGUCUCCUUGCAAACAGUAAUAGACACCACUUUAAUAGAAACUUCAAGCGACAGCAGAAACAACUUGAGAGAGAUCAUAUCAGACAUAAACAAGCUCUCUUUGCGAAACGUGAACGCACAUGCGAAAAAGUCACCAGAAAGCGAAGACAUUCUUUUGGUUUUUGACAAAGCAGUGGAUCGUGAGUUCGAGAAAAAGGAAAUCCUAAUGGGGGAAGAAUUGUGCAGUAUAUUUUUACAUUUGUUCAUUAUUCAUAAUUACAAUCGGUCGACGAAGAACCGCAAAUUAAACGAAGACAGAGAUUUGAUAACAGGCGCUCUUUCUAAUUUAUUGUGUGUGUCGAACACAGCCAAAAACUUCGCACUAGAAGAGAAUUUACCGGAGACUAUACUGAUGAUACUGAAGGAGCUGUAUGUUAGGCUGAAUUUGCAGCCGUUCGAGCUUUUCAAAAAUCAAAUGGAACGCGAAAGAAAGACCCCCCCGCUAUUACAUGACGUCAAUGGCAUUUUCACACUAUUAAUGAACUUUAUGUAUGGCAACACACAAGUGAAGGAAGUUCUGACGAAAUGUGGAUUGGCAGAUGUGCUGCACAAGUUGUGGGUUUGGAUCGCAUUGAACAAUUCUGUAACAACCACUGCUCUAAAGUUGCUUGCAACCUACACAACUAAAUGUCCUGCUGCGGCGCAAUCGUUAACGUUGACAACUAUCUUGCCUGGAGCAGGACUCAGGAGAACGCCCAAUACUCUUGCUCUGAUUCAUGUUGUUAUUCAGUUAGUCUCCAAAGAGAUCGACAAAGCUGGUCGAUUGUUUGAUAAUCACAAGCUGCAUUUCGCGUUUCACAUUCUUAGAAAUGCAGUACACGUUCAUGAAUGUAGAGUAGCGAUAUCAAAGAGCAAUUUGUUGCAAUUUUUCACAAAAAUACAUCCAAUUACAACGAAACGGACGAAACCAUGGCCACUUGUUGAACUCUAUUGUUUGGAGUUUUUAAUUGAUUUCACUUUUUACGAGGAAGGUCAAGCAUGCGUACCGAAGGCUGUCGACGGUCUGGACGUUUUAUUGCAAUUAUCAAAGUGCUCUUCGUCGUCUAGCAGAAUCCUUGCGAUUUCCAUACUGCGAAAUCUGGCAUUUAAUAUGGCGAAUAGGCCACGAUUACUCAGCUCAGUUGAAUUCAUUAAUGUCCUGCACGACAUAUUUAAAAACGGUUCUGUGAGCGAGAUCAAGGUAGCAGGCUCUAUAUUAUGGUCUUUGAUAGCGAAUAAUCAAAAAGGAAAAUUAGUGGCGCGGAGCUCUGGAUUUUCGCAAAGCAUUCAGGAAGCAUUGGGUAGGCUCACGCUUCUAACUCUAGACGAUAAAAAACAGGAACACGAAUCAGUGAAAAUGCUACAAUACGUGUUAAGGAUCCUCAGCCCAAUAGAUCUAAAAUCCGAAUGAAUAUAUUAUGUAUAUCGACAAAUCUAAUUGUACAUAGAAGUAGAUUUUAUUUUUCUAAUGUUUUAUAAACGAUAUUAACAUAAAAUUUAUAAUGUCGCACACCGAUUUCUUAUAUUAUUUUUAAUGGAAUUAUGUAUCGGAAAAGAUAUUUUAUAAAAUAUUCCAGAAUAAAAAUCACUUAAUAUAUUUUCCAAA